AUGGACUCUGAAUACAGCCGGCUGGCAGACACCAUCCGCCAACAAGCCAGCAAACACUCGAAACCGCGCUAUCUCGUGGCCAUCGCCGGCGUCCCAGGCUCAGGCAAAACCACCACAGCCCAAGCAGUCGUCCAACAAUUAAACAAAGACCCCAAUAUACACGCUGCCCUCCUCUCAAUGGACGGCUUCCACCUGCCCCGGUCUGAACUAGACCAACUCCCCAACCCCAAAGAAGCACACAUCCGCCGCGGCGCCCCUGGACCUUCGACGUGGCCCGCUUCGUGCAAUUCAUGCACGAUCUACGAACCUGAAAUCAUCUCCGCCCCCGCAUUCGACCACAAAACCAAAGACCCAGUCGAAAACGGGAUAUCCAUCACGCCAGACGCAAGAAUCAUCAUCGUCGAGGGCAACUAUCUCCUCCUCGACGAGCCCGGGUGGCGCGAUCUUGCGAAUUUAGUGGACUACCGGGUCUUUGUGGACACGGAUUUACAGGAGGCGAGGGAGCGCACGGCGAAGAGACAUGUUCUUGCUGGGAUUGAGAAGACGUUGGAGGAUGGGUAUCGGCGGGUUGAUAGUAAUGAUUAUUUGAAUGGAGUGUCAAUUCGGGAGAAGCUGAUAGGGCCGGAUUUAGUGGUUAAGAGUGUUAGUGUGAAUAUUAACGGGGCUGGUUAG